AUGUCGUCUCCUAUGAUAGCCUGGGUACCUCUGGUCCAUAGAAUCCACAGAUACUGGACAACCACCAACUAUGCUGCCCUUUCAAUCGACUUGCCAUCAGUGGAAAUCCAUGAUGUUGAGACAGCUCCAGAAAAACGCCCCAGAACCCUCAAGCAUCUAAUAAAGGCAAAUCAUGUCAACCACUCAGUUAUAUACCACCAUCUACAGUUCCACAACCAUAUGGCCCAUCAUCUAGGAUCUGCCUACCUCUUUGGAGCAGAUGCAAGUCAACUGCAAAAGAUCUAUGAUGAAGACUCCAAAGAACUCGAGGAAUGGAAAGAUUCCCCCGCAGAGGUAACAGAUUCGGACUGGCGGGACUUUCUCGGAGACAAGAGAUACCAACGAGCAUACGUGGAUUUCUUUGAAGACGAGCUGGCGCUGAAGUUCAAUUACGAUUGGAAAAGAGUAGCGGAUGAGUAUCUGUUCAGCGGGAAAGAGCCUCUGAUCAAUGGAGUCAUUGGCGGGCUUGGCCACCCUUUGAUCCAUCUCGGCUAUGCCUACGAACUCUCCAGCAAAGAACUGGGAAUGGAAGCCCUAGCAAUGACAAGUGUAGCCUACGAUCCCCUCCACAAAUACCUCGACAAUCCCUCAUACACCCAGCCCUCUACAUACAGCACGACCUCGCCCCUCGAAAUCCUGCACAGAAUAGCAGCCGAUACCCGCUUCGAUGGGCUCUUUCCCUCAAAAGGCUACGAGAACAUAGAAACCCUCUUCAAGCACCACGAAGCCCUGGUCCUCGAACACUGGAACGCAUGGACAAUCACGAACCCCACAGAGCAGUUCCGCGCCUCGCAAGAAGCGGCCAUGAAUUUGGUGGUUAGGACAGUGAAGCCGGGCACGCACGCGUAUGAUUUCUUCAUGGUGCAUAUACUUACGACCAGUCAUGCGGUCAGGAUAUUGCUACCAGUGGUGCCGAAGAAGUUCCAUGUCAGUCUGGUCCGCCAAUGGUGGCUGCUUACAAUCGCCGUGUAUGUUGCGCAGUUGAGGCCGGUCAUUGAUGAAGAUAUAGAGGGAAAGCCGGGGAAGGGAUGGGCGUAUGUAGAGGAGAUGGCUGUCAAUGGGCCUUGGUCGACCGAUGCGCACUAUGUUAAAGCCCUGAGGGCGAUGAAAGAGGCGGCCUUUACUUGGGGCGAUGUUCACGAACUGUAUUUAUCAUCUGCGGUACAUUUAGCAGAUGACUUUAAGGGAUGGACAUUUUAG